AUGGCUAACACAAAUGAAAAAGAUAGCUACAAUGCUAAAUCUCCAGUUUUUGAUGGAGAGAAAUUUGACUAUUGGAAGGACAAAAUUGAAAGCUUCUUCCUAGGCUACUACGCCGAUCUAUGGGACAUUGUUACAAAUGGCUAUGAACCACCCAUUUCUGUUGUUGGUAUCGCUAUUCCAAGAAGCAUAAUGAGUGAUGAUCAGAAGCAUGAUAUUAAGAAUCACCAUAAAGCCAGAACUAUUAUGUUGAACACAAUCUCCUACAAUGAGUACGAGAAGAUCACCAACAGCGAAACAACUAAAGAAAUCUUUGAUUCCUUGAAGAUGACUCAUGAAGACAAUAAUCAAGUCAAAGAGACUAAGGAUAUGGCUUUAAUCCAAAAAUUCCAAACCUUAGUUGUAGGACUCAAGGUUCUGGACAAAGGAUACAUUAUAACAGAUCAUGUCAAGAAGAUAAUCAGAAGUCUUCCAAAGAAAUGGAGACUGAUGGUUACUACUCUGAAGUUAUCUAAAGACCUGAAUAACAUAAGCCUUGAAGAACUCAUCAACUCCCUCAGGAGUCAUGAGAUAGAGCUAGAGGAAGAUGAACCUCGGAAGAAGAGAAAAUCAAUAGCUCUAAAGUCCAGAUCAGAAAGAAGAAAGGUAGAAAGGAAUAAAGCCAUUCAAGCUGAAGAAGAAGAAGAAGAUGACUAUGAGAAUGUAGAUUCCGAUGAUGAUGAUGAGUUAUCUCUUCUAUCCAGAAGAAUUAAACAACUUUGUAGAAAAAUAAAUAAUAACUUCAGAAGGCCCAGACAGAAGGGAGAUCGUCCAGAUUCAACCUCUAGAGGUAGACCUAACAAGGAAGUGACCUGCUACGAAUGCAAAGAAACUGGACACUACAGAAAUGAAUGUCCAAAGCUUAAGAUAAACAGCUCCAUAAAGGAAGGCUUCAAGAAAAACUCCUUUAAAGCAAAGAAGAAGGGACUCAUGGCAACAUGGGACGACUAUGAAUCUGAAGCUUCAGAAUCUGAUUCUGAAGAGGAGCAAGCAAACGUUGCACUCAUGGACACCACCUCUGGAAGUUCUUCUAAAAGAGAGUCUGACUCUGAAGAGGUAUUCUCUGACUUCUCUCGUUCUAAUUUGGAAGCCUGUUUAUCAGAAUCUCUGAGCUUGUAUCAGAAGCUUCGACAUAAAUUCAAGAAUCUGAAAAAGAUUCAUGAAGAGAUUGUUGAAGAGUGUGAUAAACUUAAGAAAGAAGUUUCUUAA